AUGUCGACGGCAUCGAGACAGUCCCGAGGGAUUAACCGACGGAUUAAUAGCAUCCAACAUGAAGCGCGCCACUCCCGAAAUCUGUCCGCAUCGCGGACACGACCGGUCAGCGCCAGUGCUGCCUACACCUACGCUCUCCGAGUAGCCUAUCUCUCCUAUCUUCUUCAGCCUCGUGCUCGGCGCAUACAGAACAUUUCUACUCCGCAGUCGCGCCUCAAGCGUUCCUCGACCUCCUUUCAUGAUCUCAUGAAAGACUUCUCUCUGGUGAGGGAUUCGAAGAGCACACGGUUUCCACAUGGCCUCAUAUCCGAACUGGAAAAGAGGUUGACGGGGAUUCUAAUUAAGAAAGAGAAGAGGAAGGAAUAUCAAGAUCCUCUGGUUGUGAGGACCUUUGCUACUUUCCUGAAUACCUUAAAGGACCAGUCUUUCAAGAAACGGAUGGAAAAAGACCGGCGGGCCGAAGAUCUCGUGUUGAUCUUCUUUUCGAACGCAACCAAAGAGCUUUCGAAGGGCAAAGAUCCGGAAGAUGACAGCUGGAAACUAAUGGUCGACAGGCAUGUUGCUCUAUUUGUUCGCUUGAUUGCAUUGAUUUUGAAAGAUCACGACUGGGGUAAAGAACGUCCGGAAUUGGCGAAUCGUCUAGCUGUCCUGGAAAAUAAACUCCUUUCUCAAGACCAGGAUCUGGUACAGGCAGAAGGUCCGAAGGCAGCCAUGGAAGAAGUUGUUCCACUGAGCUAUGAUAUCAAAGAUAUGACACUCGUGCAGCAUGUAGCAAGGAUUUUUGGCAUCGACCAUUCCCAAGUGCAGUCUGAUAUAGAUGCCCACAAGUCAAUCUGGACCGAGAGAGCUGCUCUGAAGGAUCUCAAAACCUACCAGGCCCAUUUGAGCCUCAAGACUGGCCGGACCCUGUCCAGAGAAGAUUUUGAAAAUGAAGAAGCUUAUGAGGCUUGGAAAAAAAGCGAGGCCCCGGAGCUUUCACAAAUGAUACUCGCCAUCAUUCAGUCUAACCCGGAGCUUGCAAAAAGCACACCAGGCAAGACCCACUCAAAAUCCAGCUCACUCAUGAUCGACGCCGGAGCUCUCGAUGGAUCUUUUUCCGAUCUUCCCAAACCUGCUGACAGAACAUCAUACAUCAUUGACCAGUCAAUAGACUUUAGCUCUCUGUCACUGGAUAACAGUAACGGAUCAGGCGAGGAAUCCGACAUUUAUACUUUCAUUCCCCCAGAUACGAGGGCACUCUAUCGGUUUAUUCUCGCUCAAGCCCUGAGCCAUGAUCUCAGAGAUCAGGAACUUGAGGCUACGCAGGCGACAUCAGAAAUGCCUUCGAUGAAACUGCUCUCAAAGCAAUCCUCUGAACUUCUGAAUGAAAUCUGCAUUCGUUGGCGUAUACCUGGCUUCUCAAGGAUUGUCCUGUUCCUGGAUGUGGCUAGAGCAAAAUUUGUGGAUAAUGAAAUCAACCUUGAUACUCUCGACUCGGCUUUUAAUUUUGUGAAAGAGGCGCCUGCACACGAAGGCCGCGGGAAGCGCAGCAGCUUUGUAGCCUCAGCUCUCUAUGAGAGAAACAAAUGGACGACCCAUGACAUUUCUUUGAUGCGUCAGUUACUUUCAGCUCUACACGAGGCUUUGCUUCGGGAAUUGUACGACGUUAUGAUGGAUUGUUAUGAAGCCAAGCCUCGUUCGAUCGGUCCGGUGAUGUAUGUAUUAGAGAACCACAUCCAGCUCGAUCCUAAUUACACCGAGGACGAGGAGGAUAUAAAUCGGUUUCGCUCUUAUGUCGAGGACGGCCUUGCGCAGAAAGCAAGAGACAGAUACCAAGAACUUCUCGGCAAAGAACUACCAGAGGACCAGGAAUUAUGGCGCGCAGACCAUGUGAUCCAGCUUUGUCAAGCUAUCACACAGCUCUCGCAGAAGAUUCAGAAGCGCUAUAGGAAAAAUCCAGAGAUCAUGGGAGUCAAUCCCCAUGAGAUAUUGCUUUGCAUAAUGCUUCCUCUCUACGCCGAAGACGCUCAGGAGAUGGUAAAGAACAUUGUUGAGCAGGCGAAAGAAAGAGGCGAAGAGAUUGAUAUUGAAGAAGGAUUCGAUCUGUAUAAGGAGCUCGCGGCGAUCCGGCGCCUUUUCACUAAUGCAAUUGCUGAUGUCCCAUUCCCUUUCUCAAUUGAAGAUCUCUUGGAGGAUUUUGUCUGGCGAUGGGUCCGCCUGACAGAGCAGAAAGUGAUGGAAUGGGUUGAACAGGCAAUCCGACAAGAUAUCUUUGCUGUCCGUGCAGAUGACACAACCGAUGUAGUGCCUGAAGACCACAGACACAGUGUUUCGGUCAUUGACAUCUUCCGCUCCUUUAAUCAGGUCAUUGAGCAGAUAAUUCAUUUGGAGUGGGACAACGAUUAUCAAUACGCCAAAUUUAUGACCUCGCUUUCCAAAUCAAUAGGGAAAGGAGUAGCAAGGUAUUGCGAGGCACUUGAGCAAAUGUUUGCGAAGGAAAUGGAUCGGCUUUCUCCGGACCAAGAAGCAGCCAUGAGUCAGUCAACGCAGGAGAAGUGGAUGCAGAUGGCCAAGGAUGCAUGGAAUAGCAAGGACAAGAUUGAGCCUUUCCAGUUCUUCCCCGAAUCUCUUGUCAAACUCAACAACGUCGAAUACGCCUUAAAUCAGCUUGAUAAGUUGGAACGGGAGAUCAAUGUCGACGGAUGUGCGGAAGUAAUUGCAAGACAUACCCCUCCCCAGUCACAGAGGCCACGCCGGUCUACGACCUACGUUUUCACUGUCAAGGUUGUCGAAGCCGAGGAUCUGAAAGCCUGCGAUAUCAAUGGCAGCAGUGACCCUUAUGUCGUCCUUACCGAUGAGUAUCAGAAACGGAUCUCCAAGACCCGUAUCAUUUACAGCAAUCUAAACCCGAGAUGGGAUGAUACAGUUGACAUCACGACUCAAGGCCCACUUAACAUCAUUGCGACCAUCUGGGAUUGGGACGCCGUGGGGGAUCACGACUAUGUUGGCCGAACAUCUAUAAAGCUGGAUCCCGUGCAUUUUGGUGACUUUCUGCCCCGGGAGUACUGGCUCGACCUGGAUACGCAGGGCAGACUCCUUCUGCGUGUAAGCAUGGAAGGCGAGCGAGACGACAUCCAAUUCUACUUUGGCAAGGCUUUCCGAACCCUGAAGCGGACCGAAAGGGACAUGACUCGUAAAAUCACUGAGAAGCUUUCUGCAUAUAUCAACCAAUGCUUGUCUCGUCGGACCUUGAAGUCAUUGCUGUCUCGAGGAAUCAGCAUCUCCAGCGUAUCUAGCUUCCUGAACCGGAAUCGUGCUCAACCCGCCGCUACAGGGCCCACGCAGACCGACGUGGAGAAUGCAUUGACACCCUUGUUUAACUAUUUCAACGACAAUUUUGCGAUCAUGAAUAAGACUCUGACAACGGAAGCGAUGAGAAUGGUGAUGGCUCGUUUGUGGAAGGAGGUACUAGCCACCAUCGAAAGCCUUCUUGUUCCUCCUCUAUCCGACAAAACAUCGCAUCAGAAACCCCUAACAAUACAGGAAGUCGACAUUGUGUUCCGUUGGCUGGUACUACUUUUGAAUUUCUUUCAUGCUGUCGAUGAAGAAACCGGGGAUGUCAAUGGUGUGCCAAUUGAUAUUUUGAAGUCACCAAAAUACCAUGAGAUACAGACCCUUAACUUCUUCUAUUUCGAGCCAACUGAAAGUCUGAUCAGGACAUCUGAGCGGAUGGCCUCCGAAACGGCUUCACGCCAGAACGCAGCGAAGAAUCGAGUAUCGGCGCCCGCUCAUCUCGGCGCCGGUGGUGGCAGUAGCGAUUUUCUCGGUAUCCCCAACGCACGGCGUGCCAAAAGUAUCAUGCUGUCUCGAAAUCUCGGCACCAUGAAGAAAGCAAAGGCAGAAAAAUGGCGCGAGGCCCAAGCAGAACCCAACGACGACAUGAUCCUGCGCAUUCUGCGCAUGCGACCUGAAUCAGCCAGCUAUCUACGUGAUCGGAGCCGCCAGAAGGAAAGAUUAGCGGCUGCAGCCGCGGCGGAUGCCAUUGUGAAACAAAGCUUGAUGGCCGGUGCUGGUGGGAGAAUGACGGGUACUCUAUCUCGGCACUGA